UGGAUGAAGAGGAGGAGAGGGGUGGGGAGACGGGCCGAGAUGCUGUCAGGGAUUGGUUGCGCCUAAUGUCAGUCGGAGCGACGGGCCCCAGCGCUUCCGCUUCAUCCAGCUCCCGCUGAGCAGCUCCUAGAGCGAACUAAAGCGUGCGAGUGCUGAGAACCGGCAUCAUGCUUCGGAUGCUCGGAGAUUUCCCCCACCCCUAAGCCUCGGCUAAUAAGUGUUCCUGGGCAUCCCUUCCCUAGCAGGACAGACAGGGAGGAGGAGGAGGAGGAGGAGGAGGAGGAGAAAGGAGGAGAAAAAGCGAAGGGGGAGAAGAAGAAGAAGAAAAAAAAAAGGAGAGAGAGAGAGAGAGAGAGUUAAUUUUCCACCAAGUGGACGAGGAUCAGCAGAAGAGUCAGAGAGCGAGAGCGAGACACCGGGCGCUUUCCUUGCACAGCGGCCAAGUCGGAAUUUUAAGGAAUCAGCCACGAAAAAAACAAAAAAACGAGCCAGGAGCUUCCCCAAGCGGGAUACCAGGCGCAGCAUCGCAAAGCGUUACCCAGCCCGGGUAGAAAUGACAUCAACUGGCAAAGAAGGCAGCGGAGCUCAACACGCGCAAUAUGUUGGACCCUACCGCUUGGAGAAAACGCUGGGCAAAGGGCAGACAGGACUUGUGAAGUUGGGAGUUCAUUGUGUAACAUGUCAAAAGGUCGCUAUAAAAAUUGUCAACAGGGAGAAGCUCAGUGAAUCGGUGCUAAUGAAGGUGGAACGGGAAAUAGCCAUCUUGAAGUUGAUAGAACAUCCCCACGUUUUAAAGCUGCACGACGUUUAUGAAAAUAAAAAAUAUUUAUAUUUGGUGCUAGAACAUGUGUCAGGUGGAGAGCUCUUCGAUUAUCUGGUAAAGAAAGGAAGAUUAACACCAAAAGAAGCCAGAAAGUUCUUCCGACAGAUUAUUUCCGCGUUAGACUUUUGUCAUAGUCAUUCAAUCUGCCACAGGGAUUUAAAGCCAGAAAAUCUACUACUGGAUGAAAAGAACAAUAUCCGAAUAGCAGACUUUGGAAUGGCAUCAUUGCAAGUUGGGGACAGUUUACUUGAAACAAGCUGUGGAUCGCCGCAUUACGCCUGCCCAGAAGUAAUCCGGGGAGAAAAAUAUGAUGGGAGAAAAGCAGAUGUUUGGAGCUGUGGAGUCAUUUUGUUUGCAUUGUUAGUGGGUGCUCUGCCGUUCGAUGAUGAUAACUUGAGGCAGCUGUUGGAGAAAGUGAAACGUGGCGUGUUCCAUAUGCCACAUUUCAUUCCCCCAGAUUGUCAGAAUCUCUUACGAGGGAUGAUUGAAGUGGAUGCCUCGAAACGGUUGACACUAGAACACAUUCAGAAGCAUAUAUGGUAUAUAGGGGGUAAAAAUGAGCCAGAACCGGAACAACCAAUUCCUCGAAAGGUCCAGAUUCGCUCUCUCCCUUCCUUGGAAGACAUCGAUCCUGAUGUUCUAGAUAGCAUGCACUCAUUAGGUUGUUUCCGGGACAGAAACAAACUUUUACAGGACCUGCUGUCAGAAGAGGAAAAUCAGGAGAAAAUGAUUUAUUUUCUACUCCUUGAUCGGAAAGAGAGAUAUCCUAGUCAUGAAGAUGAGGAUCUUCCUCCUAGAAAUGAAAUAGACCCUCCCAGAAAACGUGUGGACUCUCCAAUGCUGAACAGACAUGGCAAGCGGAGACCAGAGAGGAAAUCCAUGGAGGUUCUAAGCGUGACCGAUGGAGGGUCCCCGGUUCCUGCCCGCAGAGCAAUUGAAAUGGCGCAGCAUGGACAGAGUAAAACAAUGUUCAGUAAAAGCCUGGAUAUCUGUGAAGCCAAUCCCACAUUCAGCAAAGAAGAAAGGAUGACGAGUGCUGACACCUUGGGGUCUCGUUCAAUCAGUGGAGCUUCAUCUGGCCUAUCUACCAGCCCUCUCAGUAGUCCAAGGCCUCUCAGAAAAUUUUUCAUCCCCCCUCAGAUUCCUGAUCUCGCUGUCACUCCCCGCCCCCAACCCUCCCUGGACUCUGAUGCUUGUAGGAACACUUCCAGACCUGGACAUGUUCUGCAACCAAAGCCAGCACUUCAACCCAACCCAAGGACACAAACUUUGCCUUCCAAGAACAAAUUGGCUGAAAAACCACUUCAGUCUACCAAAUCUAACCCACUCCCUUCUAAUAAUAUUAUUGUCCCUCCAUCCCAGAAUAUCCCUGCACAAAAUACUCAGGGUCGUCCACCUGUUUCUGGGUGUAACCCACAACUGGCUGUUUCUACGGUGCCGACCAACCCUAUGUCUCCGGUUAGGUUGCUCCCUUCCAGUACUGACCCAAGCACCAAAUCUAUCCCCAUCAUACAGGUUACCCCUCACCCCUCUCCAAGGGGCAGUCCCCUCCCUACCCCCAAGGGGACACCUGUCCAUACGCCAAAGGAGAGCCCAGCAGGCACACCCAACCCUACGCCGCCAUCCAGUCCCAGCAUUGGAGGAAUGCCCUGGAGAACACGGCUCAACUCAAUCAAGAACAGCUUUCUGGGAUCACCUCGCUUUCAUCGCAGGAAAUUGCAAGUACCUACGCCAGAAGAGAUGUCCAAUUUAACUCCAGAAUCUUCCCCAGAGCUUGCCAAAAAAUCCUGGUUUGGUAAUUUUAUCAACCUAGAGAAAGAAGAACAGAUCUUCGUGGUUAUUAAGGACAAACCAUUGAGUUCUAUCAAGGCUGAUAUAGUACAUGCAUUUCUGUCGAUUCCCAGUCUCAGUCAUAGUGUCAUCUCCCAAACAAGCUUCCGGGCAGAGUACAAGUCCACAGGAGGCCCUGCUGUCUUCCAGAAGCCAGUGAAGUUCCAGGUAGACAUUACAUACACAGAAGGUGGGGAGGCCCAGAAAGAGAAUGGGAUCUACUCCGUCACUUUUACACUUUUAUCAGGUCCAAGCCGUCGCUUUAAGAGAGUAGUAGAAACAAUUCAGGCACAAUUGUUAAGCACACAUGACCAGCCAUCAGUGCAACAAUUAUCAGACACCACUAACUGUAUGGAGUUGAUGACUGGGAGACUUUCUAAAUGUGGCAGCCCAUUGAGUAACUUCUUUGACGUAAUUAAACAACUUUUUUCAGACGAGAAGAACGGGCAGGUGAGCCAUCCCCCCGGCACGCCAACCAAGCAUAGCACAAACAGCAAGCGGAGCGAUUCCGAUAAAAAUGACUAUGGGUCUAGAGGAGACACUAAGUUCCCCGCUGGCAAAGAGAAGGCAAAGAUGGCCUCAUCACUCGGCUUACAAGACCAACCUUAAAUAAAUGCACUGAGAAAAAAAAAAUUAAGUCAAUCCAAUAAUAUCACCUAGAAAAGUGAAGAAAAGCUCCCCAAAUGAAUGAGUAUUCUUUAGCCUCUAAACUAGAUGGGUGUAUAUAAUAGUGCUACCAUAGGACAAAACUGUCUAUAGUAAAUUUUUGUAUGGAAAAACAAUGUGUGUAUAUAUAUACAUACAUAUAUAUAUAUUUAAAAAUUAUAUAUAUACAUGCACAUGUAAAUAUAUAUAAUCCACACAUAUACAUAUAUAGAUUUAUAUGAUACCUAUACAAAUAAUGCACACACACACAUAGACACUCACACAGACAUAUAAAAGGGGAAAAAAAGUAACAAUUGACAAACCCAUUUUGGCAAAUCCUGUUUGUUUGGGUUUUGUUUCUUCCUCCCAGUACUUUCCUUGCAAUAACUCCUCCCCCUCACCGUAACAUAUCCCCCGCUUCUGACUCCACCAUCCCCAUUAUAUUCCUGUGUUCUCUCUGUGUUUCUGAUACCACCACUUGUUUCCAAUCUACUACCAGGAAUUAUCCCGAAAAGUUAACAUGUCAGCCAACAUCUUCACCUUCUGUGCUCCGCGAAUGCUUGUUCACGGAAGGCCAGUGAUGUAAGACUGUCCACGGACUGGUUUGGGGGGAGGGAGGGGAACUUCCAGCCUCCUGUCUCCCACUGCAGGAAAUGGGUCUCCUCCAUUCCAUUUGCCCUCAACACACAAUUUUCUUUUGGUGCUCUGUGCGGAGAACAGCUGAGAAAUUGCAACCUGUCACAGUUGGAAUUCCAGGAAAGCAACGUUGGCUGUGACUACACCCUUUCCUCCUGGUGAAACUAGACUCUGGGAGAGGGUGCGGGGGGGAGGAUAGGGAAUAGGAUGGCAUAUUGUUCUCAUUCCAUAUUAAGAUUUUUAUAAGAACUGUCCCCCCGCCCCUCCAUCUCUUUCUUCCCAUCCGAAUUGUUUUUCAAAUUGUGUUUGUGUUUUUGUAAUUUCAAAUCAGUUUUUUUUUUCCAAAUGGCUGGAGAGGCAGCCAUAAACUUGAGGGAAACAAAAAUACAAGGAAACAGUCAAGCAAACAUGGACACUGAAACUUAGGGAAAGUCCGCUAUCAACAGCAAGGACAAAGGACAAGAAUCCAAUUCUGGGGCACAGCCUCACCUGCUGCCAAGCUCUGCUCUGGCUACCACCUUCACCAUCAUCGCCACCGCUGUUAGGACUUCUUCUCUUCUCAACCUGCUCUCUCAGACCUUUCCUUCCACAUUGGAAUUUUCCUUCGGCCGGCUGAAUUAUCUGCUACAUCACACAUCUGGAUGCAAUUAUGGUGUCAUUAGUGCUGCAUUGAUAUAUCAGUAUUAUUUAUUUGCUGGUUUUGUUUAUUUAUUUGGGUUGUGUAUGUACGUUUGGGUUUGUUUUGUUUUGUUUUUUUAAUGCGAAAGCAGACUAUAAGAUGAGAAAUAGAUUUCCCCCUUUUUCCUUUGUGCGUGCCUGUGUGUAUAACCACUGGGACAUAGUUCAUUUGAAGAAACUAUGGAGGCGAUAGCACUAUGGACGAGUUCAACACAAAGCUACUGUAAACUUUUAAAAGUAUUGCAAGAUAUUUUUAUAUUUGUUUUGGGGGUUUUUUUCCCUUUGUUUUUGGAGAAGGAUGAGUGGGCUGGAUUUUCUGUGUAGUUAAGUUAUUAUUAGGUCUUGGUUAUUAUUUAUAAUGCAUAUAUAUAAAUAUAAAUAUAUAUAUAUAUAUAUUUAAAAUUUUAAGAUGUUAGAUAUAUCUUCUGCUUUCAUUACUGAAUAGAGGUGACAUUGAUUUGUAUUUAUUUGGGGGGGGGGGUGGAAUUUCAACAAGAACACAACUUGUUCCUCUCACCAAUGCUCCUUUUCUUCUUUUUCAUUUGAUGUCUCUUUCUCUCUCCCACUCUCUUUCUCUCUCUCCAAGUCUAGCUGGAGAGGAAGAUUUUUAAAAUACCAUAAAUGACAGGCAAAAAAAAAAAAAAAAGAUGACGACAAAAUUCUAAAAUCCAGUAUGUUUUAAAUGUAGAGUUAAUAUUCAGUCCCCUUAUUAUCUUCAAUUGCUAUUGUUUGGGUUCCUAUAAGCGUAUGUUAAACUGCAAUAUUUUUAAAUGUUAAUAUUAGAUUUCUCUUUCACUGUUUGUAUUUCUUUCCGAUUAUUUUUAUUUCUAUGUUUGUCCUGGUUCAUUCUGCCCUUAUUGGACCUGUUUUUCCUGUAUAUAGGUUUGAAGAAGAAGAAAAACAACAACCAAUAUUUUGAAAAAGAUCCACAAAAGUGGAGGGUGUUUUUCGUUGUGGUUUGGUUUGGUUCUCCUAAUCUUAACCUUUUCUCUUCUAUUGCUGUGUGCAUGUUAGACCUUGGUAGGGUGGUGGCUGGGAACAGAGAGAGGUGAGAAUGUAGAGAUCUGGAGGCAGUUUUAAUUGCAUGAUAUUGCUGUAAAUUAUUCUCUCUUGCUUCUGUUGUCUUUUCUGCCUCCAUUUUCUCCUUCAUUCUCUCCAAAGCUUCUCUUCUACCACCCUCAGUCCGUUUCCCUGGUUUUUCUUCCUUUAUGUAUAGCUUUUAAGGCUUCUGUUAACUUGUACCUCUACAAAAGGCUGGGAUUUCAAAUAAUAAUAAUAAUAAUAACAAUAAUAGCCCAUAUAGUACACACAGGAAGGAGAUCAUUUACACAAGACAUAAGAAUAAAUGAAAGCAAUACCUCUUGUUAUCCUUCCUAUUUUGUACUUGGAUGACACAUGCACACACACUCACUAGUGGACACAAUCUGAUAUUAUUUAACAGUUCAAAGGACAAAGAGGAACCUUCUGAUGUAUCCCUUGUUAAAUAACUGUGAACAACUUUAGUUCAAAAACAAUAAAUUCAUUCAGUAAAGAUA